CCCUCGGCUGCACAAAAAAGGGGACUGCGGGGGAUCACUGGCUACUGGGUCAUGACAAGUGGUACUGUGGGUGAUCUGCCCUUGCAGGAGCAGAAGGCCAGGACACUUGGUCUCCAGUAUCCUUGGGUAAGGUGAGAAGAAGGGGUGUCCAGGGCUCCAUCCGCCCCUCUCCCCCAGGGGGCUCCACCUGGCCUGAGCAUCCGGAAGGAGGAUCAGGAGAGGACACCAUGGUCGCCAGGGGCGGGAUGCUUCUGCUGCUCAUGGCCUUGGUGCUGUCGUGGGUGGGACCUGAGAAGCCAGCACCAACGGACGCGGUCGCAGCGGAAGGUCCCAGGCUCACCCAGCUGCUUUCCACACCCUGCGGCCUCCGCAAGGGCCACACACUGAUCGUGGGCGGGGUGGCGUCGUCGCGGGGCCGCUGGCCGUGGCAGGCGGCGCUUCGUGAGGUGCAGCACCGACUGCUGUGCGGAGGGAGCCUGCUGAACCGCCGCUGGGUGCUCUCCGCCGCGCACUGCUUCGCCAGGUUCCCUGAUGCUUCUAAGUGGACUGUCCAGCUGGGUGAGCUCACUCUCCACCCAUCUGUGUGGAACCUACGAGCCUACCUCCAUCGGUACAGGGUGACGGACAUCUUUGUACACCCUGGAGCCAGAGGGUAUUCCAAUGACAUUGCCCUGCUGAGGCUGGCCUCGCCUGUCACCUACACCAAGUACAUCCAGCCGGUCUGUGUCCAGGCCUCGCCCUCCUCCGAGUUCCUGCACCGGCCUGACUGCUGGGUGACCGGCUGGGGCGUUCUCCACGAGGACCUGACACCUCUGCCACCUCCCUACCACCUCCGGGAAGUGCAGGUCACCAUCAUGAACAACACCAGGUGCAACUACCUAUUGAAACAGCCCACUGUGCUCCAUAGAGUCGAAGAGUCCAUGUUUUGUGCUGGUGCUGAGGGUGGCAGCACAGACGCCUGCAGAGGUGACUCAGGAGGACCCUUGGUCUGCGACCUGGACGGGCUGUGGUAUCAGAUUGGAAUCGUGAGCUGGGGAGUGGGCUGCGGUCGCCCCAAUCGGCCCGGAGUCUACACCAACAUCAGCCAGCACAUCCACUGGAUCCUGAAGACAGUAGCCAGCGGUGGCUCCCCCAGGCUAGACCUCCCCCGACUGCUGCUGCUCCUCACUGUGCCCUGGGCUCCCCGGCUCCUGGGCCCCACCUGAGCCCACCUGACGUA